GGUACCUGCCCCCUGGGCAUAUUCAGCCCAGGUGGUUGUGGUCCCCAGACACCACCCCCAGGAGGGCAUGUUCACUAUCAACUCCAAAGGCCGCCUGGGGAACCAGAUGGGCCAGUACGCCACGCUGUACGCCCUCGCUAAGCUCAAUGGGCGGCCCGCCUACGUCCCUGCGCAGAUGCACAGCACGCUGGCUCCCAUCUUCAGGAUCACGCUGCCAGUCCUGCACAGCGCCACKGCCCGCAGCAUCCCGUGGCAGAACUACCACCUCAACGACUGGAUGGAGGAGCAGUACCGCCACAUCCCGGGGCGCUACGUCCGCCUCACGGGCUACCCCUGCUCCUGGACCUUCUACCACCACCUGCGCCAGGAGAUCCUGCAGGAGUUCAGCCUGCAUGAGCACGUGCGCCAGGAGGCCCAGCGGUUCCUCCAGGCCCUGCAGGCCACGCAGGCCUGGCGGAUGACCUUUGUGGGAGUGCACGUGCGCCGGGGGGACUACAUUCGUGUCAUGCCGCAGGUGUGGAAGGGCGUGCUGGCCGACAGAGGCUACCUGCAGCAGGCCCUGGACUGGUUCCGAGCCCGCUACCGUUCCCCCGUCUUCGUGGUCACCAGUGACGACAUGGCCUGGUGCCGGCAGAGCAUCGACAGCUCUCCUGGAGACGUGGUGUUUGCUGGCAAUGGCCUUCAAGGCUCCCCCGCCAAGGACUUUGCGCUGCUCACACAGUGCAACCACAGCAUCAUCACCGUGGGCACCUUCGGGAUCUGGGCCGCCUAUCUCACAGGUGGGGACACUGUCUACCUGGCCAACUUCACCCUGCCCAACUCCCCGUUCCAUAUGGUCUUUAAGCCACAGGCGGCUUUCCUGCCAGAAUGGGUGGGCAUUGCUGCGGACCUCAGACAGGCCCAGCAGAGCAGCCUCUAG